AUGGACGCUCGCGGGUGUUUCUCACAUAAUGCCAGCUUACUUUCGGUUUCAUUGCAUAACCCGAAUACAACUACGGCGGUGACUCUCCGCGUCGUCUCUUCUGGUUCAGCGCCCCUACUGAAGCAUAAUAAUCAGAAAUCUUCAGGAAACAAGCCGGCUAUAACUUCACCUCCGAUGAAUAAACCAGGUCGUGUACAUACGUCAACCAACCGGAACAGAAAAGGUCGUUCUGAUAAUGCAAGCAAUGCACCAAAGUUGAAUUUGGAAGUAUCACCUCACAGAGCAGUCUCUGCUGUGAGAUUGAUGCGGAUCGAGUUCGGGGGCGCAUUUGCUGACCUGUUGAACGAGCAAGGCAAGGGCUCAGGUGACAAUGAGAUGGGAUAUGUCGAGAGAACUCUUGGAUUCCGUACUCGUAAUUUGGACUAUAGAGACCUCCGCUUGGUAACAGAGAUUGUGGGGGGAACUACUCGUUGGAGGAGAUAUCUUGAUUAUUUGAUUCUAUCCUUGUGUCAUGAUCAGAGCACUUUUGGAAGCAUGGAACCUCUUCUGUUGCAGAUUCUUCGAAUUGGUUUUUAUGAGAUUGUCAAGCUCGAAAUGCCCCCAUAUGCAGUUGUGGAUGAGAAUGUAAAGCUUGCAAAGGCUGCAUUAAGACUUGGUGCUGGUAAUAUGGUUAAUGCGCUUUUGAGGAAGCUGGUGUUACUUAAGGAAAAGAACUCACUCCCGUCACCAAAAGUGGAUGGCAAUGACAGACAGCAAGCACGUUCUCUAGCCAUCAUCCAUUCUCAUCCUGUUUGGAUGGUGAGACGAUGGACUAGAUACUUUGGUCUUGAAGAAGCUAUUAAGUUAAUGAUGUGGAAUAAUGCUGAUCCUUGUUUCAGCCUCAGAGCAAAUACAGCUACAGGAUUCACACGGGCUGAUCUAGUUACGGAACUUGAGAAACUGAAGGUUGUUCCAUAUGAACUUUCUCAGCACUUGGACGAUUUUGUCCGGAUCAGAACUGGAAUGCAGGUUGUGGAUCCAAAGCCUGGGGACAAUGUUAUCGACUGUUGUGCAGCACCAGGAGGAAAGACUCUUUUCAUGGCUUCACUUAUGAAUGGCCAAGGCUGCAUAUGUGCAAUCGACAUAAACGAAGGCCGACUGAGAAUCCUCAACGAGGCUGUCAAGCUGCAGCAAGUCAAUGAUGUUAUCACGACUAUCCAUGCUGAUCUCCGUGAAUUUGACAAUAAUGGUAAGAAAGCUGAUAAAGUGUUGCUGGAUGCUCCUUGCUCCGGAUUGGGUGUUCUGUCAAAGAGGGCAGAUUUACGCUGGAAUAGGAAAGCGGAAGACAUGGAACAACUUAAAAAUUUGCAAGAUGUGCUUCUUGAUUCAGCUUCCACUUUGGUAAGGCCAGGCGGGGUACUGAUAUACAGCACCUGUUCGAUUGAUCCCGAGGAGAAUGAGGAAAGAAUAGCCGCUUUUCUUCUGAGAAAUCCAGAAUUCCAAAUAGAUCAUGCAAAUAAAUACAUACCAUCCGAUUUUGUUACGGAAGAUGGUUUCUUUUUCUCUAAUCCCGUCAAACACUCGAUUGAUGGAGCCUUUGCAGCUCGGCUUUUAAGAUCUUGCUGA